UCAGCGCAGCAACCUGCAGAGGGAGCUGUGGGUCUCUGCAUCUGCGGAGGAGAGCGAGUGAGCGCUCCCGCUUUCCUUCACUGGAACAAAGCGGCAGAGAGUGAGUGGGAGAGAGACGGUAGCCCAAGUGACACAGGAGCCCCGGGGCUGCCUCCCUGCCUCAUUUGUGGCAUCGCCGAGUCCGAUUGCACAGGUGCCACCCUUCUGGCCAGCCUUUCCACUGACGGACCGGGAGUGAGGAUCCUCUGAGCCAGCAUCCAAAGGAGUCUGAACAGAAGUUGUCCCCCGCGGGGGUCCGUCUCCGGGGCGUGUUAUGGGUCGGCAGUUUCUGUGAGAGCCGGUCCGUGUCGAUUCCUUAGCAUCCAAAGGCCGACGUCCAGGGGGGCGGCUCCGCUCAGCACCGACAGCAUGGAGAAGUUGACUGGGAAAGAUAAGGAGCUGAUCCGAGACAGCUGGGAAAGUCUCGGGAAGAACAAAGUGCCACACGGGGUCGUCAUGUUCAGCAGGUUAUUUGAGCUAGACCCAGAGCUUCUCAGCUUGUUCAGUUACAACACCGAACAGGAGUCUGCACAGGACUGUCUCUCCAGCCCUGAGUUCCUGGAACACGUUACCAAGGUGAUGCUGGUGAUUGAUGCGGCUGUCAGUAACCUGGACGACCUCCACUCUCUGGAGGACUACCUGCUGAACUUGGGACGGAAGCAUCAAGCUGUCGGGGUUAAGACUCAGUCAUUUGCCGUGGUGGGAGAGUCUCUGCUCUACAUGCUGCAGCACAGCCUGGGUGCCGCCUACACAGCUGCCCUGCAGCAGGCGUGGCUGAACAUGUACAGCAUCGUGGUGGCGGCCAUGAGCAGCGGCUGGUCCCAGAAUGGUGAGCGUGGCAGUGACUGAGCCUUCCCAGUCAAGGGAUCCACCAAUCAACCAGUCAACGUGGAGACACGUCGUAGUUGUAGCUUUUACCGUCGAAAGCAUUUUCAUUUUUUUAUGUGCCACGGGGUCUGACGGUGGGAGGAGUUGACGGAGAGAUGAAGCGCGGGAGUGCUGUUAGCGGGUGGCUUUCAAUGGCAGGGACCCAGCUAGCACAUAACGUCCUCGCAUAACGUUCUCGCGCUGCCGAUACGCCGAAAUCGCAGGGGUGACAGUGUGGUGUGUCUCUACGCCUUUGCAGGGAAGACAUGCAAAUGUUAUGUGUUAGCUGGGACAGUCUGUGGAACACGCUCAAAAAAUACUCUGUGAGUGGGUUUUGGUUUCAGACUACAGACGCUCGGCAUAAAUCCGAAGCGGCUUUCUACUCCCUCUUUAAGGCCUGAAGAUAGUGGUGAUGUUGUGGCGUCUCGUGUUUAACUCACGCAAGUCACCCAGUUGCUGACGGAAGGACUCAGCAUCACCGGCCGAUCUGUGGUUUCCGGAAAUAUCCAACAGCUUCUUUCCCUAAACAGACAGAAAUACUGAGGAUGGUCGCAAGUAACAGCAGAGGUUUUUAAAGAGGUCUUUGGAUCUCAGUGCUUUUUGACAUACCAUACAUACCUGAUAUUUAUAUUUAUAUAUAUAUACAUUAACGUUUGCUCAAGUAGUGCUUAAACUUCAGUCUGAUAAAUAUAUUCUGUGCUUUGAUAUAUAUUGCAAUUUUAAAUAAUGUGACAUGCCUUUGGCAACACUCACUACGAGGCUAUUCCAUUCACUUUGUGGCACCAGUUUCCAUAGGAACAGUGAGAUAGUAUAUACAUACAUUUUGUUGAUUGAAUCCUUUGUUAUUGAUACUACGUUGUUAUCUCUGGUGGAAAUAUUAGCCAUUUCAAGUACUAAAGUAGCUGUGUAAGAUGGAAGCUUAAGGACGGAGCUUGAGAACUGUGACGAUUGAACAAAUGUCCUCCUGGACUUUGGUUUUUAUCAAAAAAAGGUCUAUUUCUUUAAUAUAACAAAAGAAAAAGUAACAAAUAACAUAAGAUAUUCAAUCCUUAACGUGACUGUGUUUCAUCAGGUAUGCAGGGACAAUAUAUUUAAAAAAAGCUUUUCUGUGUGAUCUUUAUGACUGUUACAAUAUACUCACAGCGCCUUAUUCCAAAGGUACUCAUGUGACAUGGUUUUCCCCCUCUGAGUGGAGGUUAUGGGGAUGCACAUUUGAUGAGUUUAUUAUACAUUUGUUUAUCUGCUUAACUAAACUUGAGUUGACUGUUAUUUCAAUCCAUUUGACAUGACUGUUAUCACUGUAGGGCGUGUGUUUAAUGUUAUAUAUUACUGUGUUCUGAUCUGCACAUACUGACCAGCUGGGGUUGUAAUUUUAGCAUCAAUCAAAGAGCAUCGGUAAUAGGAAAACAUGCGUCAGGCUGAUGAAUUUCCAACCUUGGUUUAGCAACAAUAAGGCUAAUUAAACUCUGCAAAUCUACCGGGCUUGAUAACAGCGAUCCUCAGAUUUCAGGCUGGCCUUUUCUACACAUUGGAGGUACCCGCUUUGACAUUUUAAGGAGAUGAGGAUGGCGCGGUGGGACCAAAGGUGUCCACUGUCCCCAGUUUGACGUGCUCCUGGUUUGAGGGCCUGGUGUCAUUUCUGCACCUGAUUGCAAAUAUAUGAGCAACAUACGAAGGAUGUUUUGCGGUGAUAGAUAUGUAAUCAUCAAGCAAACACUUAAAGACUGUUUUUGAAUAUAGCUGCUGGUGUGUAAUGUACUGUAUAUGUUGCUGUCUAGAAUGAUUAUUCAUUAGAUAGAAUUUAUUUUUAUAUUUUCCAUAUGUUCCUGUGGACAAAUCGGUUUCUGUCUUAGACCAGUGUUAAAUAGUGACUGUUACCUGCUAGUGAAAGUGAAGUGUAGAUGUUUUUUUUCAUGGUGAAUUACUCUGUCCAUUUGGUGGUCUAAAGGUGAUUGAUUCAACAUAUACCUCUUUAUUUUGGCUUUAAAUCAUACUUUCAAAUGUUCACCGUCAAUUGAAAUGUCAGAUUAAAUCGCUGCAAUUUGCUCUCAAUCUCUUUAAUCACCAUGUUUCUGGUGUUACAUUUUCCUAAUGAAUUUGCUCUGACUACCUGGGUUUUAAAAUUCAGUUUUAUCCCGUUUUACAGUUUUAGCAUCAGAAAGGAAACCUCUUCCUACCCAGAGUCUCUGAGAGCCACACUGUUCUGCUUGCAAUUAGCAUCUGCUCUUUAAGAAAGAGUGGAAACCUUUCAUAAUAUCAGUUAUUGUGCUCCCUCCUACUCCCACUGGUGUGAAGGUCCUUCCGGUGAUUAGAAGCUGAUUAUGCAGGUGGUCCAAUGUUCCUCAACCUCUCCUCUGUCUCCGUGCAGAGUACCAAGCAAGUGCUUUCCUGAUUAUUCCACAUUUAACCGAAGGUGUUAGCAAUCGCUGCAUUUGCGUACCCAAUACGUUUGAAUUGUUUCAAUGUCUACCUCGAUGGUACAACUGCUCCUUGGACAGCCAAGAAUUCACCCUGAGCAUCUGGCAACCAGAAACACCUCUGAAACAAAAUGCAAACGUUCUCUCUGACCAUGCAGCUCAUACAAGCGAUCUGUUAAUCUGUAUAAACAUGAUAUGUCAUAUGUUUGGUUAUUAAAACUAAAUAAAGGUUC